UCGCUCGCAAGCUGCCCGCGGGAGCGACGUCGGUUGGACCAUCUCCGCUUUUUAAAAUGAUCUUUGCCCGAUUUUCCGUUGCUCCUAAGUUGGUCAGCUAGGCUUGCGGUCUAACCCGACGUUGCGCUUCUUGUUAUUUUUUAAACUAUCUUUGCUCAACCUGCUCCUUAAUGUAGCUCGGUUAUACCGCAAAAUAAACUCGAAACCAGCUCAUUUGGCCCGAAACUGAAACUUGACCGACCACAACAGACACCAACGACAUUUUCUGUCCGAUUUUUAAACGUUUUUUUUUCCUCCAACUGACUUUUUUUAAACGCAUUCGCUACUCGACUAGCAGCUGGGGCUAGCUGGUUUAGCCUGCUCAACGUUAACCGACACAAACCGGAGACGGCAGUUAGUCAACAAAGGGAAUUAUCCGCGGCUUUGGCUGCAGUUCGGACCCGCUUUUCGCCGCUUGUCCUGCAAAGCCGCUGAGGGAACUGCCUCUGGUAACGUUAUAGCCAGCGAGCUAACGUUAUAACGGCUUUUCAACGAGCGCUAUUCCUGUAAACAAACCACAGCACACUGCGCUUAACUGGCUGGCUUAUCCAGGAGAGCAAAGCUGGCGCCGUAAACUCGACUAACAGGGCUUGAGAGUAACGUCAGUCCAGUUUUCGACAAGUUCGUCCGUGUUUUUUUUUAUUUAUUUAUUCUCAAGGCCUUCGUUUCGUCGCUCUUUUGUUCGGUCCACUUUCCACGGACCUUUAAUUAACGUUACCGUGGGGUCAGCAGCUAACGGCUAACGCGAGAGGCGUUAAAAACACUCCUUUUCGCUCGGAUUCGGACCCUGUUCCGACCCCUUCUCCCCCACUCGGGUCACCCGGUUUAUUCGGUCGGAGUCACUCGGAACCAGCGCAGGCUUAAGCCGGUCUGUCAAAGGGCACAUCUGUCAGAAAUAAGCUGUUUAAUUAGCGUUAUAUCGCCAAGCUUCCACAUAUCGACGGGUUUCUUUGCUUGUUUUUCCGGCCUGGGUGUGCGUUUGUAUGUGUGCCCGGCUCGUCUAGCUCAGCACAGCAGCCAGCGUCCAGCACAGCCGCCGCGACGGAGAGGGAACAGCUUGUUUUCCUGUUUUCCCGUUUUCCUGUUUUCUGUCGUUUUUAUAUCGGCUUGUUAUUGUUGAAAAUGGCCGCCAUCGGGAUGGUGCAGAUGUUGAUCGAAGCUGCUGAGUAUCUCGAUCGCAGAGAAAGAGAAGCGGAACAUGGAUACGCCUCAAUGCUACCCUUCACCAGCCACAAAGACCGGGACGGCUCCAAGCGGAAAAACAAAAACAAGAAAAACUGCAGCAGCAGGUCCACACACAAUGAAAUGGAGAAGAACAGACGGGCGCAUUUACGGCUAUGUUUGGAACGCUUGAAAUCCCUGGUGCCUCUGGGACCAGACUCCAACAGGCACACCACCCUCAGCCUACUAAUGAAGGCCAAGGAACACAUCAAGAGGUUGGAGGAGAGCGAGAGGAAGGCUCAGCACACAAUAGAGCAGCUUGAGCGUGAGCAGAGGCACCUGCGCAGACGGCUGGAGCAGCUGGGAGUGGAGCGCACGCGCAUGGACAGCAUGGGCUCCACGGUGUCAUCGGACAAAUCCGACUCUGACCAAGAGCUGGACGUGGACGUAGAAGGUACGGACUACCUGCUGGGGGACCUGGAGUGGAGCACCAGCAGCGUGAGUGACUCAGACGAGCGAGGCAGUCUGCGGAGCAGCUGCAGCGAUGAGGGCUACUCCAGCGCCAGCCUUCGCCGCCUUGGCACCACUCAGGAGAAGAGCCCUGCGCUGGGCUGCAGUCUAUAAGAGCACAUCCUCUCCUCCUCCGCCUCCUCCUGCCUCUUCCUGCCUCCUCAUGCCCACAUGGUCCACCUCACCUCAACACUCCGCUUACCUCCCAGCCACCUACAGCCAGGCAGAGCUGGUUUAGUACCUUGAAUAAGCUUUCUCUCUUGUCUGGGAUUGGAUGGGUGAAUCAAGAACUGUUCUUCUCUCAGCAGGGUGGGAUCAGAUGGGUCCUCUGAUGCUCAUCGAAGUAAGACCACUGAUCUAGGUUCAGUUUUUGCACCAUGUGUCCUUACUAAUACAGCGAUACUGGCUGAGAGGAGCUCGACCAUAGAUCAGUACUCUUACCAUCACAUACCCGAUGCAUAAGAACCCAGGACUUGUUCCAAAACCUCAAUGGCUUUCUCUCCUUUGCUAGAGAUAGUGUUUCAGAUGAAAGGAAGACUGGAAGGAUAAAAGCAGGAUGAUCGCUGUCCACUGCUGUCUCUUUUUAGAAGAGUAUGAAAUCAAUGGGAGGAAGAUUAGAGAGAGCACAGUAGUGAACCUGCAGUUUCUGCCAACCACACCUCAUAUAUCCAGCUCAAAUGUGGCCAGGCAGAGCCUCCUGGACCUUAUCAAGACCCCUCAAGUCAUCUCUCUGCACCGUCCAAUCAGCAGCAGAGGGGGCAGAAUUACUGCCUGCUGUCCUCCGAUCAGACCUUCCUUCCCUUUCGUCGCCCCUACCUCGCCAUCAUCCUGUCCAGUGACGGAGAGAGGCUCUUGCUCUCGUCCAUCCCUCUUAAAAGCUCUUAAAAAGGGCUGAGCCUUUUGAACACCCCUGAAAGUGGUGUGCAUCAUACCAGAGAAUGUGUAUCAUACCACACCCACUGCCUACUCAACUCCUCUCUGGGCCAAUCCUGCGCAGUCCGCCUCUCACCGCCUUCCAUUCUCCUCCAAUCAGACUGGACCGUCCAGACACAGGGCUAGGUCACCUGACCGGUCAGCUGACCUAUCAGAGCAUGGAAUUUUGCACUUCAGAGUAACCUGUUGGUGCAAGCCGCCUCUUGCCGCAGAUCUGAGAGCAGUGUUAUCGUUGGUGGCCGUUCUGAGAUCGGUGAGAAAAGGGCUGCUUCUACCAAGAGCUCAGAUCACACAGCAGGAACGUUUUCGGGUCAGGAAUGAAAACGACAAAAACGGGGGACAACAAAAACAAGGUGUGCGGGCAUGUCAUCAUCAUCGUCAUCGUCGUUGGUUUUAUUUUAUUUUAAUUUUUUGUUUUUUAUUUUUUUUUCCCCUCUUCAGAGGGACUGCAGCUACUCUAGUUCUGUAUCAGGUGUAGUCUUUUAGCUAGUCUUAAGAAAUAUCUUCCUGCACUGUCCAACGUCCACCCCCACCUCUCUGGACUGGGAGCCAUGGGACAUUUACCAAGCGCUGGUGUGAUGUCAUUCUUCUCAGCAACUACUACUACCGCUCUCUCGAGGAAUUUGUGGAAGAUGCCUUUCAUACACAUGAAAUGUCUCAAAUGAAAGCAUAGUUUAAACGAACAUGGCUGGUGUGGCUUAACGGGAACGAAUAGGCCUGUCACGAUUAAUCCUCAUAAAAAUCUGGCUCAUCAGUUCAAUUUUCUUCGCAGCUAACCAGACGAUACACUGCACUGUAGAGCCCACACUUACACAGCUGACCAGAGCUGAAAUGUUUCUGUUGAAAGUGCGAGGGGGGAAAACACUUUGUCUGCAAGCAUACGUGCUAAAAUGAGCAUUUACCUGUUACAUUAACAAACAAUCAUUCCCCCAAAUGCGUUAUAACACACGUUUUAUUUACAUUUACGUGGCUCAAAGCAGCUGCUGACAACUCACCCGGCUCACAUCGUGCUUCUGGUGAUGCAAUAUGAUUGUGAAAUCGAACGACUGUGGAAAGUAAUUGCAGGCAGGGGAAAUACUUGUGAUCAGGCGGUUAUGUAAUAAUUGUGACAGGCCUUAUAAUGAGUGUUGCCAGGCGUUCACUCAUGGUCAGCCGUGUUUGGUUGAACUAAACUCUUAGUAUUGGUCCUGGAGGGCCAGUGUCCAGUUUGCUGAUUUAACUGCGUAAAUCUUCUCAACUGCAUGGUGCUGUAUGCAGGCCCUCCUGGACCGGAACUGAACACACCUGGUCUAGUCCAAUGAGGUCGGGACUGGUGUUAAAAGGGAAUUCCAGACUUCCGUUUUCUGCCUUAAUUUAGUCAUUAAGAUGUAAACAAUAUGAUCCGUUCAGAGAGGUUUGUUUUGAAAUAAUGCGCUGUUCUAGAGAAACGGCAGAAUUGUUCACAGUGGUGGUGAUGGGAACCAGACGUCCCAAGUGUUUACCACUAUUUCACCAUCAUCAGAAGACACGUGUAGGUACACUGGAUGGUGAAUAAAAUGCCUGUGUUUGUGUUGUAGUCAUGGUCACCCCUGGUUCCUAUCACCACCACUGUAUGGAAAUCUGAGUCGGUAAAUUUCUCUGUAAUGAGCCGUUUCACGUCAGACCGCUCUGAAUGACUUUGUUUACAUCUCGACAAGUGAGUUAUGCAGAAAGCUUGAUAAGUCAGUGUGGAAUUGGAGCUGCUCUCAUGUUGGUAUACAGGCAUGUUAUAAGCGUCAGGCAGUGGGGCAGCAGGAAAACAUCCUUCGGCUUGGGGGCGCCAUCACGUCCAUCAGGCGUCUGACCAAGGAGCGGAUAUUAUGGUCUCUUUCCUCACCCUGACUCGGUGCUUUUAACACCCUCGACCUUUCCACCUUUAUCCUUUUUUUUUUUCUUUUUCAAGGGCAGUAGAAGAACUGAAGACUCUGUGUUGUUGUGAGGAACAUAUUGCAGCAUGAGAUUGUGCGGGUGGGGGCUUUUGGGAGGGGGUUUACAGGGUUGUGGGUGGAUGAAAUUGAGGAUGCGGGUUGUUCCAUCUCUUCCUCUCUCUCUAAGGACAGUGGCGUUUGAUGCACCCUCGCACGUGUGGGCGUUUGUGUUCCUUCUGCUUGGCUGUUUUUGGUCCGAAUCCUCCGAAAGGAGGAGGAUAGAAAGGAAUAAGUGAGUAACGGCAAGUAAGCACAUUCCACAGCAGAGCAGGCAGGCACCACAGUUAGCAGCACCGUAAGGAUCGCCUGCUUGGAAUUGUGUGGCGAGGCGCUGGGGCCGACGACCUCGGCCUCGGCUCGACGUAGCCCGGUUCGUCCGUCCUUCACAGCAGCGUCGCUGCACUGCGGUUUCAGGCUCCUGUGCAAGCGUACGUCUGUUUAUCCUUUCAGCUAAACGUUUGUCAGUCUGUGUACAUAGUUUACAGAAAGAAAUCUAUAUGUAUAACAAAGUAUUUAUUUAAUGGAAAUAUGUCAAAGCAUAUAUAUAUAUAUAUAAAUAUAUAUAUAUAUAUAUAUAUAUAUAAAUACAUAUAUAUAUACAGAGGAAAAUAUAUUUAAGUAGUGGCUUCAGUUAUCCUUGUGGGUUUUGUUUUUUCUGUAGUAGUUCAUUUGCACACAGUAGUGGUUAUACAUGGUUUUAGAGCUAUAUUGUACCGUAGCCUAUUUGUGUACAUCCGGAAAUGUAACGUUCUCUUAGAACUUGUGUUUUGGACAUUUUACGCUGUUUCAAAAGAUUUUAUUUGGAUAAAUACGUAAUAUAUAUUAACAAAAAACACGCAUACGCAGGAAAAAAGUGCAUAAAAAUGGUAAGAAAACGGAAGAGGAAGUCGUUUUGUGGUACGAAACAGUAGUGAGAGUAAAAGUACUGUCAUGUGUGCCUAGAAGCUCUGAAGAAAGCUUUCGUAGUGUUUUUCCCUGUCGCGCUAACGACGGAAGAAACGGCGGACGCCGUAUUCAGAGCCAAUCGGAGAGAUUUCGAGGAUUUUGGUGUCUGAAUGUAGUUUUUAGAGAAAGUCUUUCUUAUUUUAUUAGCGCAGCUUGUGACUUGCGAAUGACGUUAUUUUUGAAUUACUUGAAUAAAAUGCACCAAAAAAAAAUUAAUUAAUAAAUAAAAUUUAAAAACAAAAAAAGUAGGAUUAUUCAUUCUUAAUAUGUGGAAUGCUGCUCCUAAUGUUUUUUUGAAUCCCUCCUUUCCCCCAUAAAAGAGAAAAGGUAGCAUGAGAAGAUGUAGCCGUGACAGAAGUGAAGUGGUUGUUAGUGGAGCACGAACAUCUGAAAAGGGUCAGGUGUGUGUGUUUGGUUCGCUUGUGUCGUCACUGUCCACGGAUGGAGAGAAAGGGUUCGGACCGGGUGGGCUUGGUGGGGGAGCGGGUGGCGGUGUUGGUUUAUUUCAAGCUAUUUGUAUGGAUAUGCUUUUGUCUUGUUUUUAUUUGUUAUAAGUAAAAAAAAAAAAAGGUGCGAACUAAAAGUCCAUUUCCUUCCCAAGAUUGUGUUGUUAAGAACUGAUGUAAUGGUUCUCAAUGAAACAAACACACACACACACACACACACACACACACACACAAACCCUGCCUUCUGCUGGCUCCUUUCUUAACGUGUGAGCGUGGCUAGUCUCUCUGCCUUCUACAGUCGGGAUGUUCCAGCGUUUUUCAGCCUAAUCUCAAUCUGUCAAUUACCACAGACAAUUUCCCUGUACUUACAAAACAAAAACGUUGACCUACGUUGAAACACUUUUAAUCGAAUUCAAUAGGCUGGUGCCAGUGACUCUCAUUUCAAAUAUGAUGCCUGUGACAUGUUCCGAACAGGUUGGAACCGGAUCAUGUUUACCACUGUGAUGCAUCGCCUCUUCGUUUAACAGCACUUAAUAAUCUUUUACCAACUGAACACAUCAGUUGAUCCAAUUUUGAAAGACUCUGUUUUUCAGCUCUUCAGCUGUGCGUCUCAGAGUGUGAGGGAAGUUCGGGAGUCAAGAGGAGGACUCUGGGAGAUGGAGUCCUGGUUGGAGGCCAGUGGAUGCGUGACAGUCCUCCCCCCACCAUCUCACCCCACAAAGAGUCCGGGGUGUCCUCGGAAGGGCCCUUUUUUAGUUGGAGGCAGGUCUGUUCUGGACUGCCGGCGGGUCAGUUUUAGCGCCUACACUCUUUCAACAUGCAGCCAUGCUGCUGUAACAUAUCGCUGUUGUCGUAUCUCCAAAAUGGUGACUUUGCAGGAGAAGGAAAAAACAUACUUUACUUUUAAUGUCAGUGGAAAGUCAAUGGAACCAGACGUCUUUCCGUUUUCAUUCUGAGCCGUUUCUUUUGACCUGUUCUUCAUGAACAUUACACGCCAUGUGAAGGGCAACAGGCAUCUUCAAAUUGUCAAAAACUGCAAAAUGACAAAAACGGAGAUGCAAGGUUUCCUCAGACAACAGCGAUUUGUAGAACCAGGCCGGGUGUUUUCAUGAUGAAAUAAACACGGACAUCCCUGAAAAAGACGUCACCUAGAUGGCAGCAUCUCCAAAAUGACUGUCUUUCAGCAUUAAUGGUCCCUUCACAGAGAUGUGUGUGUAACCUGCUAACCUCACUAAUAUCCCCCAUACCAUGACAGACCAUGUGGUUGAACCGCUGGUAACAGUCUGGGCAGUCCUUUUCAUCCUCCAGUAAUCAGUUUGAAAAGUUGAUGACCUGGACCACAGUACGUUUGUGCUGUGCUUCAGUCCAUUUCAGAUGAGCUCUGGCCCAGAGAAGUUGGCGGCGUUUCUGACCUCAGCGACAAACGGUGUUUAUUGACCGUGAUUUGUAAAAGCGUUCCUGAGCCCAUGCUGUGAUUAUCCACCACAGAGGCUUGUCGGUUUUUAAUGCGGGGUCGUAAAAUCACGGGCGUUCAGUUGUGGUUUUCAGUUUUGCCCUUUCAUGCGCAAAGAUUUCUCGAGAUUCCCUGAAUCUCUUGAUGAUGUUAUGCCCUAUGAAAGGUGAAAUACCUAAAAUCUUACCCGAAAAUGUUUUGGCAAAGCGGCAAGCCUCGAUCCUCAUAAAGGACUCGGCCUUUUCUGGAUGCUUUUCGUGCUCGUGCAUGAUUGCCUCACCCGUUUAAGACGUUUUUUACAACGUUCUUCGUCUUAAAUUUCCCCUGUCCCACGUUUUUGGGGGGAAAGAAGCAUCUGCUUCAGUUGAUGGAAAUUUUUCUAGUUUCUGCUUCAGGUCAAUCCCCCCCCCCCUGUUUUUUCACCAAGUACAGGCAAAUGUAUUAAGAUUGUUUGCCCAAUGGAGCUGAACCCUGCACCACCACGCGCUGUAGCUUCACCAGGGCUAAACAACGUUCGAAGCGCCAGUCCUCGUGAUUUUAUUACAUUUAGAGGUUAAUUCAUAUCUGUUCUGUUCUGAAAGGGCUUAUUUCUUCUCCUUUCAUUGUAUUUUAAGGGGAAAAAGGUUAAAUAUGCCAACAUUUUUUGCUUUUGUUCUGCUUUACUGAUCUGACAGAUCGAGAUUAGGGUGGAAAAGCUGGACUAUUCCCUCAAACACCAGUGGAGAGAGGCGGCCAAAUUGGUGCACUCUGGAACAUUUCUGUGAAAGACUAAAGGGGGUGCGUUCCAGUAACGCUGGUUUCACACCCAUCUGUGCAGAUUCACGUUUCAUGAAAUUGCCAUUUGUCUGAAACGCACAGGAUUUGCACAACGUCUGUGCCGCUGGAGCGCACCCCCGGGUGCUGUCACGCGCUCGCCGAGAACAAAACCCUUAAUGUAACUCUGUGCCACCGUCAUCGCUGCGACUCAUGUCGGGGGCCGUGAUGGGACGUUGUGUGCUACUUUGAUUUGUAUAUACGGGGUUGUGAACUCUAUGGAGAAAACCAAAUGGCUAAAGCCUUAAAGACAUACAGAUGUAUGGACACUCAUUGUAAAAUGUACACCAACAACGAUGAUCUGUUUGAAAAUCUCAAAAGAAACGUUGCUGAUCAUUCCCACUGAUUGUGACUGUGUCUCAGGUGUGUUCUCAUAGACACACGUACAUAGGCUCUCCAACCUGCUGCCUCUAGGAGAGGCUGUCUGUUUUACAUUUAAUCAGAAAUGGACAUUUUUAUGCUGUUACUUUGUUAGAAAAUUGGGCCGCUAAAUUGUGGUGUAAAGGACUAGAUUUAAAACACGGAAAACAAUCUGUAAAGCUGUCGACUUUGUUACUAUUUGCUAGUAACAUCUGAAAUAAAAAACGAGCAUAAACUCAACCAUU